GAGCUAAUCGUGUGGCUACAUGAGUUGCAUCAUGAUCAAGCAAAGUGAUGCUUUCCACUGUUAAGCAAAGAAUGUAAUUAAAUAUUAAUACUGCCUGUUUAAGCAUGGACAUUAUUCGCUGAGACCAGUAGCACCCUGAUACAGGAGCCUCCAUAACCGAUAGCGAAAGGGAGAGAGAAUAGAUACGAAAUUGGAGUCCGCGACGUCGUUUUAGUACGUCGGUGAACAAAUCGAAAACGGCAGCGAAGAUGAGAAACGAAGCGAGCAGUAGUAAUAACAGUAACAGUCGUGGAGAAACCGUUGUUGCUGAUUGGUACACCUGUAGAAGCACUUGUGGUUACUGUAAAACUUCCGGUCGCAAAACUAGCAUCGUUCACGGUUUAUUGGCGUCCAGCGUUACGGUUGAUGACUACCAAGAUAUGCUUGACCGCGGUUGGAGAAGGUCGGGGUGUUUCCUUUAUAAACCUAAUAUGAAAAAAACAUGUUGCCCGUCGUAUACCAUUCGACUAAAGGCCAGUGACUUUGUUCCAUCCAAGGAACAAAGACGAGUUUCUAGACGACUGCAAAGGUUUUUAGAAGGGACAUUGUAUUCAAAAAAUUCUGUUGACUUUGUGGAGGAUCCAAGCAACCACCAUGACAGUUUAAGCUCUACCAAAAUGGACUCCUUGUCUUGUAACAAUGAAGAGAAGAAUAAGGCAGAACAAAUUCUGCAUUAUUUGUCAGUGCAGAUUGAUAAUGCAGUGCAUAUGAGUAUUGAAGGUGGGAUCUUCCCUUCCAGUAUUGAACUUCCAAAGGCAUCUGUCAAAAUGGUUUCACAGGCAAAAAGGAAGCUACUAGUUGAAGGAAUGGAAAAUCUCUUAUACUCCAGCAAUAUUGCAUUCCAAAUGGCAGCCACUUUAAGACGGGCACAGUUAGUUGAGGAGGAACUCCAGCAAAUACAAGUAUUAAGAGAAAAAACACAAGAUAAUGGUCCCUCUCCUAAAGUUAUCGCAGAAAAGUUGGCAAGUUCCUUGAAUCAGUUGAUAGAAAAUUCUGGCUUUACAAUCAGGGCUUGUAAUGGUCAUCUAAAUUUUUAUUCUGCUAUGAACCAAUCUUCUUCUGAUGGAACUAUUCAAAUUUCUGCCAUUUCUGAAGAAUCUUCUGAUGUGAACAAUAAAGGAAGGUGUAUGAAGAACAGCCCUGAACAUCCUCAGGGAAAUAGGCAUAGGCUCCAGAUCCAUUUGAAAAGAUCCAGUUUUGAUCCACAAGAGUAUGCAUUGUAUAGAAAAUAUCAGAUUGAAGUGCACAAUGAGAAACCAGAUAAGGUCAAUGAGAGUUCAUACAGGAGAUUUUUAGUUGACACUCCCUUAGUAUUUGUUCCACCGUCUGGUGAUGCUACAGUUCCUCCUUGUGGCUUUGGCUCUUUCCAUCAGCAAUAUCUGAUUGAUGACCAGCUAGUUGCAGUUGGGGUGAUUGACAUCCUUCCUAGAUGUUUGUCAAGUAAAUAUUUAUUUUGGGAUCCAGAUUUUGCCUUUCUAUCACUGGGCAAUUAUUCAGCUCUGCAAGAAAUAAAUUGGGUGAGAGAAAAUCAAGUCCAUUGUCCUCCUCUUGAAUAUUAUUAUCUUGGCUAUUACAUUCAUUCCUGCCGUAAAAUGAGGUACAAAGCAGCAUAUCGACCAUCAGAGCUUCUCUGUCCUCUUCGAUACCAGUGGGUGCCAUAUGAUAUCGCCAGGCCUUUGCUUGAUAAGAAGCCAUAUGUUGUUUUGACUGAUUUUGCUGGCCUACAAAAUAAGGAGCCCUCAUCACCUAGUGUUUCUGCAAAUCUCAUGGAAUUGCAAAAUGAUGACAUUGGUCAUGAGCACUUGAAUAAUGUCCUAAUGGACUAUGAUGAAGAAAUGCUUGAGCCCAAGUCGGAAACCUACGACGAUACAUCUGAGUCAGAAACCAGUGGUUUUAAUGUUGGAAUAGAGGGUGACAUCACUAAUAUUCUAAUUGGGUUAAACGGGUCUCGGGUGAGAUACAAGGAUGUUCAACAAUUUUUUGAUCCCUUUGAGAAGAGAUCCUUGGAAUCCCAGUUACAUAGAUAUUUGAAGGUCGUGGGUGCAGACCUUUCGAAGCGAAUGGUUUAUUCUCUAUAGUAUCUUUUUUUAUAAAACGUAUCAUACAAGAUUCUUCCCAAAUUAAAGAUGUACAUUUUCUCUCCAUGGUACCGGAACUGUUGGUGAAAACAUGCCUACUUAUCGGAGUCUGGAAAAGGGAGCUAUCUUUGGAAUUUCCUUUAUUUUCUAUGUUAAGGAUUGCUUUCAUUUGAUUUUCUUUCGGAAGUGCAGAUUUGAAAUCCGUUUCAUAUUUUCAGGUUGUGUGUAUGUUGUCUUGUUUUCCUGGAAUUUGUCAAAUGAAACAUGCUAGUUAUAGACAACCGUCGCUAAUUGAUUUCUUUUUCAAAUGAAGGGGUUUCCCUUCUCUUUUUAAUUCA